CUAGCUAUCUCCCUCUUACGCGUCAAUCAGCUGUUCUACCAACAUGGCCACGAUAAGCCGUACAUCAGGAAAAAUAUUACGAAAAGUACAGUUUUUACCAAUUUUCUCGCGUAAUUAUAGUUCAGUGAAGUGUAACAAAUUUAAUAAAUAUGUGUGGAACACCUGUGCAUGUGCUAUCGGCGGCGGAAUUUUGUUAUACGCCGCUAAUGUCAAGAAUAGAGGGAUCGUGUACGCUCUCAAAGCAAAGCAACCAGAAGAACUGAUGAAGGCCGUGAAGCUCACGUCUCGUGAGCGUCGCUUCAUCAAGUUCGCGAGCGUGGAGUACGGAGGACAGCUGUACAUGACGCCACAGGAUUUCCUGGAAUCCGUCGUGGAGCAAGAACCGAGACCACGUUUGAAGCGGCGCGUCCUCACGACCAAGGAGAUCGAGCAACUGCGAGACCAGGUACCUCCUUUGAAGAAAGGCUCCUCGCAGAUGUUCCGCAGCAUGAGGGAUAGAGGAAUCAUCUCGUACACCGAAUAUCUCUUCCUGCUCUCCAUCCUCACGAAACCAGCUUCAGGGUUUGAGAUAGCGUUCAACAUGUUCGACACGGACGGCAACCAGAGAGUCGACAAAAAUGAGUUCCUAGUCAUACAGCGCCUGCUCGGCGGCACGCUGAAGCAGCGGAAGGACAUUGACGCCGACACCGAGAAGGCGCUGCUUACUCUAGUGUCGUCCAGCGUGCUCAAGCGAAAGGUGGAGGAAGCUGAAAGAAACCAAGAGUGUAGUCCAAAGCCGUCUGUAAUGGAGAAGAUCUUCAGUUACGCGUGGAAAGGUAAGCGCGGCAUGAACAUGGAGGAAGCGGAGGAGGGCAAAGGACCGCAGGAGAACUACAUCAAUGACGACCAGGGGCUGCAGAGACGACACAACGUCGACACCCUCUUACAGGUCCAUUUCUUCGGCAAGAAGGGUACAAACGACUUGAAGUUCGAGGGAUUCAGGCAGUUCAUGGAGAACUUGCAGACCGAGGUAUUGGAGCUGGAGUUCCACGAGUUCGCAAAGGGACACGAGACGAUAUCCGAGGUGGACUUCGCGAAGAUCCUGCUGCGCUACACGUACCUGGACACGGACGAGUACGACAUGUACCUGGACCGGCUGCUGGACCGCGUGAAGGACGAACGCGGCAUCACGUUCGAGGAGUUCAAGACGUUCUGCCAGUUCCUCAACAACCUGGAGGACUUCACCAUCGCCAUGCGCAUGUACACGCUGGCCGACCACCCCAUCUCCAAGGAGGAGUUCCAGCGCGCCGUGCGCGUGUGCACGGGGCAGGAGCACUCGCCGCGCCUCGUGGCCACCGUCUUCGCCAUCUUCGACGCCGACGGCGACGGCCGCCUCAGCUACAAGGAGUUCAUCGCCAUCAUGAAGGACCGCCUGCAUCGGGGGUUCAAGUCGUACGCGAAGAACGAGGGCUGGGACGCCUUCAAGUCCUGCGUCAAGCAAGAGAUGAAGAGCGCCGUGUGAGGGGCCGGCCCUGU